AUGGAUCUCAACAACGAGACGUUCUUCGACCAUUACCUCGUGGUUCAUCCCUGGUCACCAAAGUUUAGAACGUCCGACAAGAUUCACAAAUCUAUCACCGCCUGGGUCCAACUACCGGAGCUCCCUGUACAUUUCUACCACCGGGAAGUCUUGUUCGCGCUCGGCAAUCUUAUAGGUAGAACUGUCAAAUUGGAUUACCACAUAGAGAUGAUAGAAAGGGGGAAGUUUGCAAGGAUUGCCAUAGAACUGGACAUGAUGAAACCUCUCCCGACCCGCAUUCGCUUGGACGGAUUCUGGCAACAAGUUCUGUAUGAAAACCUCCCCCAAAUCUGCUUCGAAUGUGGAAGAAUCGGCCAUUCGGAGGACACCUGCCCAAAGAAACCGAACAACUUGGUUACUAUGCUAACUUCAGGGUCUACAGUGCAAUCAACAAGCGGCGCCGCCCAGAUCGAAUCACCGGUGGAGCCGCCGACCGGCUAUGGUCCUUGGAUGCAGGUGGUGCGCAAAUCUCGCAAACCAACUAGGAAAGUCAGCGACAAUCAAGGGAACUAUCCAGUAAAACCUACCAACCAGGGAAAGCAAACGACCAAAAGCACUGGAUAUUCGAAGGGAGACACUCACGGCACGACGACUGGGAAUGAUGGAAAAGGAAAGGCGAAUCACAAAUCCGAACACAAGAAAGGAAAAUCGGAUCUUCAGAAGGGGAAAGGCUCAGCGGAUGGAGGUAAACCUGCACAGGGAAACAAGAAGAUUAUCAACGGCUCUCAGGAGUGGGUUCCGAUGGGAGCUGUCAAGGAUGCCUCCAACAUCCAAAGCCUGGUUACUGACUCUGGGCCGCGGACUCAGAGCCCACAUGUUGCUGGCCCUAACGACCUAGCAAUGGGAAUUCUCUCUUCCAGCCCAUCUUUGGUCAAGCUAAGCCCAGAAGUUACUAUGAAGGAAAACGCAAACCCAAAUGUAACCUCUCAUUCAGUCAGGCAACAUUUCGAGGAAUAA